CCCACUCGGCUCCUGCCGCCCCCCGCUCGGGUGUUUCCGCCGGCGGCGGCCGCAGCGCUUCGGCUCCGCUCGGCUCUUUCCGCCGCGGCGGGGCUGUCGCCUGCGGCUCCGCGCGCCUCGGCCGCCCGCUCAGCCCUACCCAUGUCGGACGUGCUGGCCGCCGCCGCCGGCUCCCGCUUCGAGCCCCCGGCCGCCGGGGCGCCGGGCGGCCGCGGCGGCCCCGCGCCCCGCGUCCCCUCAGAAAAUGAAGACUCAGCCCAAAAGACAGAGCCUGCAGAUCAGCCGGUUGAUUCUUUGGAGUCCAGUACUUCACAGAGCAGGUCACAGAUUGGGUCGCUUGUGAGUGUGGGCACGACAGAGGAUUCAAAGGAAGAAGCUGGCACUUUGGAGGACCAGGAAGUGGCUGAAUUGGAAGAGAAGCUGCCUGACCAAAUCCCAUCCCUCAAAGAGGAAGCUGUUGUUCGGAUAACCAACUACCAUGUACCUCAAGGAGCAGGGGAUAUAGUCAUGAUUCAGUCAGAUCAUACUGGUGCUGUGGAUAUCCUUUCAGCAGAGCUGGAGACUGCAGACCUCCUUGGGGAGCAGAGGAAAGCUCAGCCUCCCCCUCUGGCUCCACCCACCAUGUGGACCACUGAGAAGACAAAGGAAUUCAAAGCCAAGAUGGGAAAGGAGAAGAAUUGCCAGAUGGUGGUGAAACGAGGCGAGGUGGUGACAGUCCGCGUGCCAACCCAUCCUGAUGGGAAAUGCAUUUGCUGGGAGUUUGCUACAGAUGACUACGACAUUGGGUUUGGAGUCUAUUUUGACUGGACCACAGUUACUAGCACUGCCAUUACUGUUCAGGUCAGCGAAUCCAGUGAUGAGGAGGAUGAAGAGGAGGAGGAGGAAAUCGAAGGACUUGCCCCUGUUGGUGAUGUGGAAAGGGGCUCCAAAAGCUACCUGCGGAACCGCUACGGAGAGAUCAUGCCGGUAUAUCGGAGGAACAGCCAUCGUGAGGUGCAGGCAGGCAGCCACGAGUACCCAGGCGAAGGCAUCUACCUGCUGAAAUUUGAUAACUCGUACUCUCUCCUCCGCAAUAAGACUCUGUUCUUUCAUGUUUAUUACACUAGCUGAAGAAAUGGGAAGGGGCAGGGAUGGCAGGCAGGCAAUGGUGAGUGUAGCAGGCUGCCACCCAGCCCUGGUACUGCCUGAUGGGCACUGCUGCGUGACAGAACCAAGGCACAAUUCUGCCAGCUCCUCUUCAGACACUAACUGGUUUCUCCCCACACCCUUCUUCACCGCUGUCCCAGUGCAGAAAGGUAGUUCCACAGGCAGCUGCUAUUUCUGUAAAACUUCAGGAUGUCUGCUCUGUGCAGGCAUCGGGCUGGGCCUUAACGUCACAGCUGGUAAAUGCCCAGAGGCCAGGUUCAGAUGGUCGUGGUUUCGAUCUGUUGCGCUGGUACGAAAUGAAGUGAAAAUAUUCUUGAUCUGUUACUAUUCUGUGAAUAACUUUUCCGAGUCUCCUGCUGCAUCUGCAUCACUAGAGGGCAGCUCUCGGCUGCAGUGAGCCAAAAGCACAGCUGGCUUCUCACCUAGCCACUGAUAAUCUCAUCACCUACGACCACUACAUGUCACCAGCAGCCAAUGUUUCCUGCACUUGUGUGGGUGGGGGUGCAGCUGGCCAGCGGCAGCCCAUGCUGCAGUGGCAUGGCAGUCAUGGCAUGUGUUUGAACACAGGGUGGGGGGAGGGUGUGCACGAGAAGUGCAUAAGAAGGUUUUCCUGCAGCUUAAGAAUUGGAUGUUAUACCUGUUCAUUGUAGGGAUAUGUAGAUGAUUAAAACUUCAGUGGCCACCAAAAGUUUUUUCUGUAAUCCAGAUGUGAAGCAGAAGAAAUUACUUACUGCUGUGCUGAAUAAAUACAAAAAGGUUGGAGUACAACCAGUAAAUAUACAGGAAAUGUUUCUUAGAAGCAGCAUGUUGGUUCACUGGUAUUGCUGCCAGCUAGAUAAUACCAUAUGUAGCAAGGAAAAGGCUCCCCAGAGAAGUGUAGCAUGUCAGCUGCUAUUGCUGUUGCAAAGGUAUUGUUAGAAAAGAACAUCUCUGCUCAGAAACUUGAAAGGUGUGGGAUUUAACCAAUCCUUUCUGUGAACCAGAAUCAACAGGGCUGUUGCUAACCCUGACCACAUGGUAAAGGAUGAAGUUCCUUGGCAUGUUUUGGUGGCUAGUGAUGGCAUUAGCAAUCACCUUCUGCUCAAGUACUGGCAGAGUUGAACAAGGAUUAAGUUAAUCCUUCAGAGAUGAAUUUUAAAUCAUGUUUAUCUGUAACUGUUGUUUAUUUUAAUACUUUUAACUUGAAAUCAUUCUCUUUUCUAAGAAUACUGCUGUAUUUACAUUUUGAUACCUCUUUGCAGAGACACAAAAUGGCUGUUUGCAUGGUGAUUCUAGUAGAGUUCUGAGUUUUAUUUUUAAAUCCUCCAGGUAAAGCACCUCUACUUGGUCCGUUCCUUCUAUUGAGAGGGGAUGAUGGACAAAAUGAUUUUGGGGUAGUUAAAGCCAAAGAUUUCACUCUCAUAGGAGGGCCGCAUAUUUCCUAUUACAGCUAUAUUGUAAUGCUGUGCAAUUUGCUCCAUAUUCAAGCUCUCCUUUUAACUAUCUCUGCUUAUUCACUGCCCCAGAGCACAUAGUAGGUCAAAAAGGUAAGAGAGCGAGCAGGCAGUCCACAGCAGAGCAGCCCAAGCUGGGAGCAGGAGGAGUGGAAAUGCAAAGAACGCUGGUUGGAGCACAGUGGCUUUCUGGGUGAGCAGGCAGGCAGCAGAGUAGGUCAGGGUAAGGAGCAGAGUUGUUGCUGCUUUGGGCCCUGAGAUGGGGAGAAAACAGCCACCAUUCUCAAAAGAGAGAGAGAGAGCGUGCACCUGGGCAGCAGCGGAACUGUAACGCUGCCUUAUUCAAGCAGGGGCAACCACAGGACAACCUUGCAGGGAGACAGAACAGUAGGGGCUGGUAUCUGUCAGAGUAAGAUGCUCUUUCAUUUAGCAGCUUGGAGAGAACUACUCCUUCCUUUAGCCUCUCUUGGAGGAGAUGAAGGACCAUCCUGUGGCCUUUGUACAGCACUUGAAUCAGGCCUGAGCAACUUGGGUAAGGCGUGCUCCUUACUUUUUUCAUCCUUUGUCUAUCAAGUUCCUAGACACUAAACAGAAGAAGGUAGAAAAGACCCUUCAGUCUGACCACAAUGUCAGCACUGCCCCACGCAAUGACUGCCUUUGGUCCUUUGCUGUGGGAUCCGGAGAACCCUGUGUGCACUUGCUGGUUAAUGUAUGAUGCAGUCUGACACCCACUCCACUUCCUAAUUAGGAUUUAUUUACGACGAAGGGAACUCUGACCUGUACAUACAUUAGAUAUUCCACAAUUGUUGAUCCUCAGUUGCACAGCUUAUUGCAGGCUAGUAGGUUAUCUCCACUAAAAAAACUGUUUCCCUUAUAGUGUGGCCUCACUGCCUGUUGCUAACUCGCAGUUACUUCCCCAUCCGACUGUUGCUUAUAUUAAGGUUUGAAAUACAUUUUGUCAUGUUGUAAGAAGUUAAUAAGGCCUACCUCACAACCAGUUUUGAUCACUCACUGACACGUAAAUAGUAUGUGCCAGUUUUCAAGCCAUUAGUUAGUGGUUUUAGUUAAGAGAAGUUGCACUGUAGAUGGUAAUCCUAUUGCUCAGUUCUAGCUUUCUGAAGCGUUGACCAACCUUUAAUAAGGCUCCGGUCACUUGUUUGGAACUGUGACCAUGUCCUAGUCUCAUUGACUUAAGCCCAACAGCAGCAUUGAAUAUGGUAUGUCACCCCAAUCAGCAUGGUGCCUGAUCUGCAAAUGCAGUGUGCUCAUAGAUAGGCCUGCUGCAGUGGAACUGAAAGUGUUUGCUGUGUGUUAUUUCACUGCUUCCCAGAAGUAUCUGGUAUCUCUUAGGAACACAAGAUAGUUUUAGGCACAGAAUAUUUCAUCUGCAGGAAACAGGAGCUUCCCAGUUGGACAGGAUAAUUCCUCUUUUUGUUUAUUUUUUUUAAUUUCCACAUUACAUGAGUAUGUUGUUUCUCAGGUAUUCAGAUAGCAUUCAUUAUCCAAGUGACAACUUCUCUUUGGAAGCAUAUAUAUUCUUUAUUCUUUUUCUGAUAAAUCCAAUAGUUUGGCUGUGUGGCUAGUUAUUAACAGCAGCCAUUCCCAUUCAAAAUCGAACCCAUAGUUGGUUCAAAGAAUUAAUCUUAUUUCUCAUGCAUCUUUUUUUUCAGUUUCGUGUAUCCACUGGAUUUGUAUCCAAUCCUGCUGUCCGGCUGAGGCAGUGAUGGAAACCCUUAUUUUAAUUGGAGACCUUUGGAACUAGACCUUGGGUCUAAAAGAAAAAUGAAUUAAAAAGGCAGUUGCACUUCAGAGAGGGAAAUUAAUCCUUGAGAAAGGAAAAUUCCUUUGUUUUUGUGGAAGGAAGACCUCAGAUAAGUUCUUAAAAUGUGUUUCUUCUCCCUGUAAAUUGUGUCUAGAAAUUCAAAAAGCUAAAUCAAGGGAGAAGCUUCUUUUGCAUUUUGGGUUUGCUUUUGCGAAGGCACAAAAUUGUUUUCUGUUUUGUCCUGAAUAUAAUUUAGAUUUAGAAAUAAGAUUUACAUGUUCAGCCAGAGAUAUGACAGUCCUGUAGUGCAGGACUUGUAUAAAAAUUAGCUUGUAUAAAAUUGUUUAUAAAAAUGGUAACAAUCUGUUGAGCAUUUUUAAUGUCAAAGAAGGUCAUAAGCACUCCGUUGUUUUCUCUUUUUUUCCCCUUUAGGUGUAAUGUAGCAGCAGGAGAUUAAAAUGUAUGUGUUUUACUGAGGACAGAGUUAAAAUUGCUUAAAUCAGGGACCACUUGUACUGAUUUAAAUUUACUUACAAACUCUGUGGAGGCCUGUAAUGUGGUUUCUUGUGAAAGGUUAUUGGUGUCAGACAUAGGUGAGUUGCAAAUUAAUGCUUGGGACCCAUUUAACAGUUACGUAGAUUAUUGGUAAUGAGCUGUUUACAUGAACAGGUAAGAUGAAAAUGCGUAAGAGCUUAGUUGUCUGACUUCAGGUGCUAAGAAGAAAGUUAGGUUACUAUGCAACUGAGUCUAAAUGACAGCCACACACCUUUCUUUUUGGCUCUACCUUGUGUGCUUGUCUCCUUGUAACUGUGUGUGCAUGUAACCUUCAUCUAUGGCCUGCAGUGGGCCAGUUAUCGUGGUGCUGGACCUGGGGAGGUGGGUUAGAAGUGAACCUCGUCACAUGUGUAGUUGCUGAAAGACUUAUUCUUGUGGGGAAUUAGGGUAGAGAAUGAAUCUUUAAAUGAGUUUACUUUUAUCCCCACUACUUAUAUCCUUCCUUCUUCUCUCACUACCCCUACUAAAGCCACUCUACAGCGGAUUUAUCACAAGGUGCCUUAGGAACAAGGAGCAUGUCUGGAAUAAGAGCCAUAGAUGUCAUUAAUCCAAGGGAUUUCUUCUCCUUGUUUCUCUGCCUGUUUGGGUAGAGGGGAGGCACUUCCUGAGGUCAGGCAAGGAGACCCCCUACAGGGUGUUCCUGGAAAUUUAAGCUGUUCACUAGACCGCCCUGUUGCUGUAAGAUGAGUAGAACGGUGUUUGAGUUUCCUGGUGCCAUAAGAUCUUUGCCUUUUAAAAUCAUAUGCUGCUGUCAGAUACCAAGGAAGAGCAGAGGACUACUUCUUUUGAUAUGCUGAUGCUAAACCUGAGGACCAGAGGAAUGCUAGAUAGAAGAGCAUUCCUUGUGGCCAUUCAUCAUUUUCUCUAAAAAGAGUGUCUGAAUCCAGCAUUGUGAGUGGUGUGUGCUUAUGUGUAUUGAGGCUGGAUAAGAGACCAAAGCAACAACAUUUUUUUUCAUGUACAAGUGUGAAAGAAAAGACUUUCUCUUUUUCUCAUAUCUGGGAAAAUAUUGGAUGUGACAAUGUCAUGUAGAUGUAGCAGAACAUCUCAAUUGGUACAAUUGGUAGAAUGAAAAACUGGGAACUGAUAGUGUUAAAUACUUUGGCUAAUUAGACCGUUAAAGAAGCUAGGAGUUUAGCAGGAGUCAAAGUGCCAAGUCAUUUAUCUAAAUAAGUUGAUUUGCAGUAAAUACCAACUAAAUAAAGUUUUAGAAGGUACAUAAAACUGCAGAGUUCAAAUACAUCUUGCUAGAAGGAGAAUUUUCUGUGGGGUUAUUCCAUGUUUGCUUCCAAAGAGUCUCUGGCAACUUAUUCUGAAACACUGGUGCUGUUGCAGCUGAGGACACAACAUCAGGCUGGGUGGAUGGUGGCUCUGACUCCCCUUGGCUGUUCUGCAUUCCGUUCUGGUUUUACAUGUUACUUUCUCAGAAGCUCCAUCACAAGAAAUUUACCCUUUAUCAGGCAGGGAGAGAGGAGGAAUUUUGUGAUCCAUCAGUGAGGGUUAUCUGGUUUAUGCCCAUCUGGACUGGUGAGUCAAGUCCCUUGGGCAAGAAGGUGGAUGCCAACCAUUGAGCUCAGAGCUAAGGCGGCUUUGCCAAGUAAUGACCUUGAAGUUUAGGAGCUGCAUUUGGAAAUGAUAAAUAGCAGGAGGUGGUCUCCCUGCAAGCUCCAGGAUGCCCUUGUGACUAUCUGCUUUCCUCAGAGGGAGGCAUCUGCUCUCAACUCACUGCUCCAAGCUGCUAGCAUAGUCUUUCAAUGGGGAGCAUCUUGUAGCUGGUCGUACCUUUUCCAGACCUAUAUUCUUGUGAACUGUGAUGGUCGUCUGUCAGUCCUUAUGUAUGUGAUGUGAAUAUUUUUGAUGUCCUGUGAUUUCAAAAUUGAGUUCUCAGUGCCAACUGUUUGAUUUUCAUGUCCUCCCAAGAUAUGAGUUUUAAAUGGAGGAGAGGAUAUUUUAACAAAAUGUGGCACUGAACCUCUUGCUGAAGGGCACAUAUGAAGAUUGUAUUUAUAGCCUUCUUGCAUUCCUUCUACGCUUGGUUUGUACUGUUUAUAUUUGAUGUGUUGUGGCUGAUUUGUAAUAGUAUAUUGGAACUUAGUCUCCUUAAAUAAACUUUUCACUAUGCAACCAA